UUUAUGGAGUGAUCAAGCUGUUCCACAUAAUGAAACGCACAAGUGUCAGAUACGGAAUGGCUUAAAUACAGGCAAGAAGAAACUCAGGGUUUACCCUCUGACAAGUGUUUUGAGAAACCAUCUGACAUCUGCAGGAGAAAGUUUCACCUUUAAAACGGUUUCUAAAACAUGGAGUCUUCUGACGCUAGUGUGCAAUACAACCGCUGGGAUAAUGAUAACGUCAAUCUCAACGUAUCCUCGUCACAAUCCAGUUUCAUCCAGUUCUACAACAGACUGUGCACUGGAGAGCUGGGAAUUGCCAUGAGAGUUCUGGGCUCCUUGACUGUGAUGGCAGCCAUGUAUAUAAUAGGAUACAUUACUGGCUACUAUGUCCACAGAUGUUAG